AUGGGAGGUGUGUGCGGACAUCAUCACAGUCAUCAUAAUUAAAUUCCAAAAUCCCCAGGAGGACCUCAUAGAACUGGGUGUUCAUUUAUCAAUCCUGAGCCGAUGAAGUUUAAUAUUAUAUUCGAAAAUCUUCGUCUCCAAUACCCGACUAAGUCAUGUCAUCUGAGUAUCAAAUUAGCAGGAGAAAUUCUAUUGGAAACACCAAACCAUAUAGAUUUAGAUGGUAAACAUGCUGUAAUUAAUUAACUAACCUUAGUGGAAGAAAAUUGUUGAAACAUAAAUCAAAGCCAAUAUUCUUGAGCUACAUGAGAAGAAACUAGAAUUUUAUCUAUUUGAAGAAAAGAAUGUAAUUGCGACUUUGGAGAUUCCCGUUUUUGAUAUCAUUAGCGGUCCUAUUCAUUUUGAUUAUUCAAUCGGCAAAGGCAGGCUAUCCUUCGAUAUGCAAAUGGCUUAGAUACUUUAAAUAGAUAUUAAUCCUAUUGAAAUAGAUUGCAGUUAUGUUGAGAGCAUAAAAGACAAGGCCUAUGUCUUUAAUUUGAGAUUAGUAACAAGGAAAAUGUACUUUACAUCCCCAAAUUCUGAAAGUUUUUAUAAUCCUGCAUAUUUGAGAGGGUUUAAUUCAUCUCUUAACAAUUUUCUCUAAGAGAUGAUGUUCAGGACUACUUGGAAUAGUUCAUCUGAAUUACCCAUUUUUAGUAUUGAGUUGCCAUCUAAUGAAUUGUACAAUAGUGCAUUGUAAGUUUGCAUAUGGAGUAUCAAUAAAGCCAAUGAAUUCCAAUCCCCUGGAAUUUGUUCAAUCAAAUCACUCAAAGAAAAAUACGAAAAAGAAGUAUUUAUAGACUAGAACCUCUUUGCAGAGACCUUUAUUGCCUUACAUAAACUAAUUUANAAUAAAUUUAGAUAGCAAGUAGAGAAUGAGAGAUAUUUCAAAAUAAUAGAAAAAAUAAUGCAAAACAAGUGA